GAUGUGCGUAAUAACGUGGUAAGCGGUGCUGCUGUGUAGAUAUUGUUAAGUUUGUCGAAUGCGCACUGUUUCUCGACGUCGUUUUGCACACCUUUGAUACGCACGAUGGAGAAUCCUGACGGAGGUGCUGUGGUGCAGAUGGCGAAGGUGAAAACAGACGACCUUCCGGAGGGUCUGGUGUUGGUAAGCAGUGGUGAUGAAGGUGGUCCACAGGAGGAGCAAGAGGAGGACGAGCAGGAAGAAGGUGAGAUACAGGACGACGAAGACGAUGUGGAGCCGGGAAACGGCCAGGUCGGUACUGGUCAAUCGAUCCAGCAGCUGGAAUUGGAGGACAUUAGCUCGGAAGAAGAGUCGAACAUUCGCGAGCGAAUGGCCGCGCUGGAAGCGAUGGACAAGGAGGUUGGGUUAAUCCACCAAAUAUCGAGCCGCAGUGCGUACGAUUAUUUGAAUAGCCGGGAUGGUAUGUACGGGAAGGAGAAUUAUUUUCAUUACUAUGAACCGCGCCAACAGCAACGUUACAGUAAUACCGGCCACAAAUCGGCAAAAAUCACUGCUGCUAAGAAGCAGGACAAUCGACGCGAGGCAUCCAAGCACGAGCGAAUAGCUGCCCAUAAGCGUCAUCUUGAAAAGACAAAAGAAAAGGCCAAACGUUGCUCACACAAGAAGCACAAAAAGCGCAAGCACGUAUCGAGUUCCCCGUCGCCAGAACGUCAUAUGGUGUCGUCGGAUUCCGAGCCAGAGGCGACGGUCGAUCGAGAAUACCUUAAGAUUGCCUGUGCGACCGAAAAUGUGCGCAAGGGUGACACUGCCCAUGCUAGUAAAAAUCCACUUAAACGCAAGCUAUUACUUAUGACACCCAGGUCUAGAGAGAAGAGCAAGAAAAAGGUAUCCGUUCCUGCCGAAAAGCGCGAAAAAGUGGUGCAGAUGGUCAUUGAUUCAUCGUCCGAAAGCGAGCCCGAUGAGGACGGGAGGGAGGAGGAGGAGCUACAACUUCGCCUGCUGGCGCUCCGUACCAAACCGAUCGUGAAGGCAGCCGGUUUGAAUGAAUUGAUUCCCGAUCUGCCCGAGAUUCCAUCGCCACCUCCGCCACCGUCGUUGGACACGACGCCGGAAGAUGAGUUGCCAUCGGAACAUAUGCCCUUCGGGCCGGAAAACAAUGUUACGGAGGAGCAAAAGCUUCGUUUGAUUGCCCUCAAAUCGGCGUACCUGAAAAAACACGAAACACGACUAAGGCGGAAGGAGCAGGACGCCGAAAGACCGUACUCGCCCAGCGAUGACCUUGUUCUUAGCCCAGUCCGUGACGGGCCUCCCGUGUACGAUGAGUUGGAUAACGAUUUGUACAGUGUCGGGAAAGCUUCGGUGGAGAUUGUCGACGAUGAUAAUGACGUCGAGAUCAUCGAGGCCCCCUGUGAGCUUAUUGCCCUGGACGAUACGGAGGAUGAGGAUGGGGAGGAGGGAGGAAAAGACAUGGAGAUAAGCUCGGUCGAUAGUCCGACAGUCCGGGACUCGGCGGAGCAAGGGAACGAAGAUUCGCAGCAUCCGAUUGACAUGGAGCUGGCAAGCAGUGAACAAAGCAGUGAACCCUUUCCCGAAAGCUUACGGAGUGACAUUAGACCGCACAGCAUGCUACUCAUGGGUGCCGAUUCCUGUGACUCGGAGUUGUUCACACGCAGAGAGAAACCGCCGGCACAAAGCCCUCCGAUGACACCGGAUUCGAUGGAGGAAGCGGAAGCGGAAGCGUUGAGACAUUUCCUGCUGACGAAAAUGCGUCAAAAGCAGAGCCAAAAACCGACGGUAGAAGAACAGGUUCCAAUGGAAGAAACGACGACGGAAGAAGUUACUGUUGGGAUGGUUCAGCCUCAGAAGGAUGAGUCAACGUUGCUAGACGAACCGGUUGGAGAGACUUUCGAACAAAUGCCAGAAGAACUGUGUAGUUUAUCAUCGCCUCGUGAGGAAGUAUCGGAACGAAUGGAAGAACAAGAGUCCGUGAUCGUUGAAUGUUCCACAUUACCUCGAACGUCCGCGCAAGUGGCAUCGCAAACGGUCAACUCAAAUUUAAUCACCCUCGUCAAUCGAACCACUUCGGCCCGGAAGAGACGAAAAAAAUCUCAAACAAUCAAAUCCACCGGCGGCAUGGACUCCGAAACAGUCCCGUCAGUCUUCCCAUCCGCCAAUAAAGCGCUAGCCAUCGCCACGUUGCCAUCCGCCACGCGUCCCGAGCCGUUGAAGGUGUCAACGGUUCGCACGCAAAAGCUUGUAAAUAAUCCGAACAAAUUGAUCAACCUCAACCAAACCAUAUCACCGUCACCUCCGCUACUAGCGCGGAACGAAUCCCCGACCAUUGUGGAUUCGUUCGCCUCGAAGCCGGUAGCAAAACUCGUCAUCCAGGUGGGGCAUUCCGAUUCCGAUUCGGAUGUUGACUUUGGUUCACCGACGCCGAACGGUGAAGUCGAAACGGCUGCGUCGGCAUCGGGCGAAAGCCCCGCAGGUGUGCCUACGGCGGUUCGGUUCGAGGAGCAACUUGAUAGGUUUUUAAAAAGUGUACGAAGCAAAGCGAGCAACACUGCGUUUAAUAGCGCAGAGAAUGCCAAAGACGGUGACCAUCCUGAAAGUAGUUCGACGGAGAAAGGUGAUGUAAGCACUCCGAAGCAACAGCAGGCGAAGGGAUUGGCGAAUCGAGCUCAAGUCGUUGCCAACGCGACGGUUACAUCUUCGGCUGUAAAACAUCUUCCAAAAUCCGCCCAGAUGGAGUACGCUCGCCUGAUGGCUCGUAUGGCGCAGCUUGAACAACACAAGCUUGCCCGCCAGCAAGGCCGGGGUCCUCAGGAACGAGCGACAACAACAAACAGUGAAGCCGCUACCUCACCCUCGAAACGACGGGCCUCUUUUAGUGAGGAAGGCAGAACGAACAAGCAAAUGGCUAAGAGUCCGGGUAGACGAAAGCAUUUGCAGAGUGAAGCGCAGGCUGCCGUCGCCAAUCCAGUCAGUCAGGAUCCGAUCGAACGGAAGCUGCAGACAAUACGUGCCAGCCUGCCGAACCUCUCCGAGGCGUCCCGAAAUCGGUUGCUUCAAACGGCCGAGAAGCAGCUGGAAAAACACAGUGGAACUUUGCUGCAAGAGCUCGAGCAACAUAACGCAACCAUCUACGAGGCGCAGCACGAGCGCCGCGAGCUUUUCCAGAUCGACAGCCGGAUCGAGCUGCUGAAGGAAAAGCUGGCGAUACUCGAGCGAGCGCACGAGCAGCAGCGACAACGGUCAGUGGACUCUUUUGCCAGCUUGCAGGAAUCCCACCGGAAGGUACUGGCCAGCCGGAAGCGGGCAGCCGAAUUGGAACGCAUGUGCUUCGAAAUCGGUCAGCGGAUCGUUGGCGAGGAGUAUCAACUGCCCGCGUCACCGAAUGGGCCUGUGCUGCAGGAACAACUUAGGAUACUGGCGACGGAAACAAGACAACUGAGAGCCAUCCGGAAGCCAACGCUGGAAGAGUUCAAGGAGCAACUGUUGGCCAAACACCGACGAAAAGCGAUCGAGUCUUCCAACGCUGUGCCGGACAAGGAUGACUCUCAGGACCAGGCUCAGGACCACCCAGAGGAGGGUGCUCACGAUGAUGCGGAAGAAGAAGAAGAACCCGCACUUCCGCAGCUCCAAGAAUCCGAAGGAACGGUCGUUGGAGUAUCUCUGGAACGCGAAGAUCCGGAGGAAGGAGAGAUUGUAGAAAAUGACACAUCAAACGGGGUUUUUGAGACUGACAAGUUGGGAGAAAUCCAAGAGGAGCCUGCUCCAGAAAGUGAACCACACCCGGAUAAUAGCGAAGAACAAAUCGAACCAAUCGUACCCUCUAUGGCAUGCGAUGUACAAUCUGCGGAGGAUAGUGUGAAUGAUAAAUCCUCUGCACAGGAAAGCGUUGAACCAAAUCAUGUGGCUGAUCAAGAACAAAUAGUAGCGAUUGUUGUUGACGAAGACACAAACAAUGACGCUCAAUCGUUGAAACAGGCAACAGAAGAAGCUGUGCUUGAAGAAGUGGUGGAACAGACAGAGGCCACACAACCUAUGGACCACACACAUGAGCCAAUAGCCUUUGUAAAGUACACGUCGCCGCUGCUAUCACUGAAGCAAGGCGUGCAACACAUUCCCACCGGUGUCCUUUGCCCGUACGAGCUCGGGGGCCAGUGCGUCGAUCGUGAGUGUAAAUUCGAACACUUUAAUCAGCAGUGAGCGAUUAUAAGUCGUCCCUUUUGGCCCAACCUCGGGUGAAAUGGAUCGAUCCGGCCGGAACGAAAAGGACGAUCAUUUCAGAGUGUAAAGUUAGUGCCAUUCAUGUGUUAACUCUCAGUUCUGUGCGUUCUUUAGCGCUCCUUUAUCUCUUGUUUUAAUUUUUGCUCCUACCCACGAAUGCACCUCGUUUCCCGCGGACACUCACUGAACUCUUCCGCCCCAUUUCCUAUCCUUUCCUACAAUCCUUAAUGCUGACAAUGUGCUUCCUACAACAAAUGCCACUGUUUACGAAUCUGUUUCGUAUCUCUAAGAAGAAAGAAGACAGUUUGUUGCCACUGCAGCAACACGGUGAGACGGAGUUGCUGGAUCCAUGGAUGUAAAGAGCGCCAGGGACGCGCUACACGAGGAAGCGGAAAAGAGCUGGAACCGGUGAAGCAACUGCGCGUCACCAUAGCGUCAUAAACAUCAUCACCAACGUGUAAUGUUCAUGAACAUCAUCAUCAUCUUCGUCAUGUGCCGUGUCUCAGGGAACAUGCACUGGUUUGGGUAAGUUAACUCGUUGUCUCGAAUCGUUUUUUUCGUUCGUUUCUACCGUCGUCGACGGGUUCAUCCUUCUCGAAGAACCAACCCAGAAGUGAAGGUGUGUCAGAGUAUGGCGAAAAGGUGCGACCAAACCGACGUAGCGCAAAAAGGAUGAAUGUGAAAUACAUUUGAGGUCAAUCAAGGGACAGCAAGGGAAACACAUCGAUCAAAAGUUAAUGAAACAGUGCUUCUUGUUUGAGCGAUCGAUGGGUGAUACAUUUUAAAGGGUUUUUUUUUAGAAGUUAUAGUUGAAUUGGGUUAAGAGUGCGACGGUAGAAGUUUAUCAUCUACGAGUGAUAAUAAAUUCCUAUAAAUCGAAGCAGUUCAUGCAAACAGAUCAACGAUACGCCGUCGGUACCGAAGUGUGUGGUUCCGGAUCAUACGUGGUUUCCGUACUAAUCCCGGCAUGUUCCAUGUUCUUCCUGGCGAGCGACAGGGAAGGAAGAGGAGAGAAUGUGAAGAAUAAACAGUACAAAGCGUCACUAGAUUUCAUCUGCCUUCGAAUGGAUUACUUACCCGGUACUGGGUUUUGCGCACGCAGAAGAAAUCCGUUGAGCUACAUCUGGAGAACCUGCACUGACCUCGAUCGCGAAGAGAUCUUGUUUGUGUGUGUGUGUUCUCGUAACAUUAAGCUUACUCGAUUGUGUCUUUUUGUUUGUGUAAGAAUUAUUUUCAAAAACUCGUACUAUACGUUUCUUUUAGACAUUAUACACAUUUUAAUUAUCAUUUUACUUCGGGCGGAACAUUGCAUUCAAACAAGGCAGCAUCACGGCACAAUGAUACAUCUGUAACGUAUGUAUGUCUGUACAGGUGCGUGUGUUUGUUCGAUUGUGGUGUGAUUGUUUGUUUGAUACGAACAACCUUUAAGCGGUGCGGCUUAGUAUGUUACUAAAGGAGCCUUUUUUGGGCUGCCCACGUGUAUCCCGACUUUAAAAACACGGACCGUCCAACUUCCAACCAACGCGAAUUGAUCAGCGAUCAGUCACAUCGCACGACAUGCAUCUUUUGGUUUAGUUUAGUUAAAAUUUUCUACACUCACUGUAUUCUAUUUUGAUUUUCGAUUGAAAAUUUUUCACAUUGUUAGCUAGUUAGUACCGAUAUGAACGGUUUUAUCGUUCGAUGGUUGUCAAUACUGUGUUUCUAUUUUCUUUUUCUACCAAUCAUAUUCACUGUUAACAACCAUAGUAUUGUUUCUACAUUUAUUUGCUUGCGUAACACACGUUUGUUACAUACUCUUUUUUAACUUCCCGACUACCGAUUACCUCCCUCUUGGGUGGAUAACAAGUGAUAAAAGAACUGGAAACCAAGUCGAACAAAUCCUACGGAGAUUAGAGGGCAGAAAAUGUAUUUUUAAGA